CCCAAAAUAUCAAAAACCCACUAAAACCCUCUUCACUGGUAAGUGGUAACCACUCGGUCCGGGUGUUCAAGUACAAUCCAGAGUCCGAACACAGCUCGAAAAUGGCGGCGCCGGCGCACCCGGUCCUAACAUUCGAACAAUUCGCCAAAGUCCACAGUUUCCUACUCGCUGCUUCAGGCAUCCCACCUUGUCUAUACCAACAGCUCUACGAGAAGCUCUCCUCGGAGACUUUCGACGGCGGUGACUUCUUCCAGGUCGAGCCCGUUGAUGACGGCCGACAAAGACGGCUCAUACUCACUUCCUCGGAGUGUAUGGAGAAGGAGGCUCGCGUGUUUCUUGUUGACCAUGCUUGGACUUUUCGACUCUCCGAUGCCCUCAAACAGUUGCAAGAAGUACCAGGGCUGACAGAGAGGAUGGCUUCACUGAUGUGUGUUGACAUAGAUAUAGAAUCAGGUCCAGAAGAGGAGAAUGGAUCGAGGGAGGAUGUUCAUGCAAUUAUAGAGAGAGAAGUUUGCAAAGCCAAAGAUGAAGGCAGCGAUACUAUAAGCUGGUUGGAGCUAGAUGAGCUUGCCAUUGAUGAUAAUAUGCUCCUGUCACUUGAUUUGCCCAGUAAAUUUCCUAAUUUGCAUGCACUUAGCCUCACUGACAACAAGCUUGAAAAUGAGGAAGCCGUCGUCCAGGAAAUAACAAAACUAAAAGACCUUAGAGCUCUUUGGUUGAACAAUAAUCCAGUUUCACAAGAAAGUAAUGACCGCAUGAUGAACACUAUCCUGCGUGGUUGCCCGAGAUUGGAAAUCUACAACUCUUCUUUUACUCCUAAAUUCAGUGAGUGGGCGUUGGGUUUUUGUGGAGGAAUAUACAGUAAAGAUAAUCCAGGAUUCAUAGAACAGACUGAUGGUUCCUUGAGAAAUGUCGUCUCUCUUGAUCUCUCAAAUAGGUGUAUCCACAGUCUGGCUAAUAAGGCAUUUUGUCCUCAGGAAUUGCCUUCUCUUUCGUAUUUAAAUCUGCGAGGAAAUCCGUUAGAUCAGACUUCAGUCAGUGACUUAUUGCAGCUCAUAAAGGCAUUUGAUUCCUUGCAUGCUUUGGAGGUUGAUAUUCCAGGUCCUCUUGGAGAUAGUGUUACGAAAAUUCUUGAGUACAUUCCUAAGCUCUCGUUAAUAAAUGGUGUGGAUACAUUAAAGAUCCUAGAAUCAGGAAAGUCUGUAAUGGAUUCAGUACUUCAACCACGUCUCCCUGAUUGGAGUGCCGAGGAACCUCUUUCUGAUCGUGUUAUAAAUGCCAUGUGGUUUUACCUGAUGAACUAUAGACUGGCAGAUGAGGAAAAGAUUGAUGAAACUUCUGUCUGGUAUGUGAUGGAUGAACUGGGUUCUGCUUUGCGUCACAGUGAUGAGGCAAAUUUUAGAGUGGCACCGUUCCUGUACAUGCCAGAGGGUACACUGAAUUCAGCUUUGAGCUUUUCCAUAUUAUGGCCUACCAAGACCAUUCAAAGUGGUGAAGAAUGUACUCGCGAUUUCUUAUAUGGUAUUGGGGAGGAGAAGCAACGUUCUGCUAGACUUACUGCCUGGUUCCACACCCCUAAAAGUUAUUUUGUAAAUGAAUAUGAGAACUAUAGAGAAAAACUGAAAUCAUCAAGUUUUUCAUCUCAAACCCUAAAGCCAUCCUCAACGCGUAGCCUAGUGAGCAGUGGUGGAACUACUUUGCGUGUUUAUACAGAUAUUCCACAAGUCGAAGAAUUCCUGACACGUCCUGAAUUCGUCAUCACCUCUGACUCGAAGGAUGCAGAUAUUAUAUGGACAGCUAUGCAGGUGGAUGAAGAAAUGAAGAAGGCUACAGGAAUACAUGACCAACAGUAUAUUAAUCAAUUCCCUUAUGAGGCUUGUCUCGUCAUGAAACAUCAUUUGGCUGAAACAAUUCAGAAGGCACAUGGAUUAACUAAGUGGUUUCAGCCGACUUAUAAUCUUGAAGGACAGCUAACUCCAAUGAUUGGAGACUAUCUUGUACGAGAAGAGGAAGGGCUUGAUAACUUAUGGAUCUUAAAGCCCUGGAACAUGGCACGAACAAUUGAUACAACGGUGACCGGAAAUUUAACUGCUAUUAUCCGGCUCAUGGAGACUGGCCCAAAAAUUUGUCAAAAGUAUAUUGAGCACCCGGCUUUGUUUAAAGGAAAGAAAUUUGAUCUUCGUUACAUUGUGCUACUUCGCAGCUUGAACCCAUUGGAAUUAUUCCUCGCAGAUAUUUUCUGGGUUAGAUUGGCAAACAACUCGUACACUUUGGACAAGCAUAGCCUUUAUGAAUAUGAAACUCAUUUUACUGUCAUGAAUUACGGGAGGCAACUGAAUCACAUGAACACGCCAGAGUUUGUUAAAGAAUUUGAGCAGGAACAUCAAGUCAAUUGGUUGGAUAUUCACGCAAGAAUUAGAGGGAUGAUCAAAUCUGCUUUCGAGUCUGCGGCACUAGUGCAUCCUGAAAUGCACAAUCCGAUGUCUAGGGCCAUGUACGGUGUGGAUGUCAUGCUUGACACCAAUUUCCAGCCUAAAUUGCUGGAGGUGACUUACUGCCCAGAUUGUAAUAGAGCGUGCAAGUAUGAUACCAAAUCCGUACUUAGAGGUGAAACUGAAACUGUUAAAGGUCAGGACUUCUACAAUUAUGUGUUUGGUUGUCUCUUUCUUAAUGAGACUGCUCAUGUAUCGCAACUUUAAGUGUGCUAGAAAACAUGGAUCAUUUGUAACAGAUUGUAUUGCUAAUGGUUUUAACUUGAUGUUUGUACUUUGUGACAAUUAUAAAGACUAGACAAGGAUAUAAGGUAUUAAUAUGAAGUAUUUAGCUUAUGUAGACUUGGUUAAAAUUGAGACUAUUGGUUGUAAAACUUUAUCUUAUCGCAUAUAAUAUGAAUAAUCUUAUAUU